AUGUCCCAAGAGAUGGGGGAACUCACCCAGACCCGGCUACAGAAGAUCUGGAUUCCCCAUACCAGCAGCAGCCGUCUGCAGCGUCGCAGAGGCUCAUCCAUUCCUCAGUUCACCAACUCCCCGACGAUGGUGAUCAUGGUGGGGCUGCCCGCACGGGGCAAGACCUAUAUCUCUACCAAGCUUACCAGGUACCUCAACUGGAUUGGGACCCCAACCAAAGUGUUCAAUUUAGGCCAGUACCGCCGAGAGGCCGUCCAAUACAAGAACUAUGAGUUCUUUCGGCCGGAUAACAAGGAAGCCCUGGUCAUCCGAAAGCAGUGCGCACUGGCGGCCCUGAAGGAUGUCCAUGAUUACCUUGGCCGUGAGGAAGGACACGUAGCGGUUUUUGAUGCCACCAAUACUACUAGGGAAAGACGGUCACUCAUUCUGCAGUUCGCCAAGGAGCAUGGCUACAAGGUUUUCUUCAUUGAGUCCAUCUGUGAUGACCCACACAUCAUUGCUGAGAACAUCACACAAGUCAAGCUGAGCAGCCCCGAUUACAAAGACUGUGACCGGGAGAAGGUAGUGGAAGACUUUCUGAAGAGAAUCGAAUGCUAUGAGAUGAAUUACCAGCCCAUCGAUGAGGAGCUAGACAGGUCCGAGUAUGCAUACACCUUAGCUAACUUCAUCCAGUCCCAGGACAUCAGCUCCCUGAAGGUCUGGACAAGCCACAUGAAGAGAACUAUCCAGACAGCUGAGGCCCUGAGGGUCCCUUACGAGCAGUGGAAGGCCCUGAAUGAGAUAGAUGCUGGUGUCUGUGAAGAGAUGACUUAUGAAGAGAUCCAACAGCAUUACCCAGAAGAAUUUGCACUUCGAGACCAGGACAAAUAUCGCUACCGCUACCCCAAGGGAGAGUCCUAUGAGGACUUGGUACAACGUCUAGAGCCCGUGAUCAUGGAAUUGGAGCGUCAGGAGAACGUGCUGGUGAUCUGCCACCAGGCUGUGAUGCGUUGUCUCCUGGCCUACUUUCUGGAUAAGAGUGCAGAGGAGCUGCCUUAUCUCAAGUGUCCCCUGCACACAGUACUCAAACUCACCCCAGUGGCUUACGGUUGCAAAGUUGACUCCAUUUACCUGAAUGUGGAGGCGGUGAACACCCACCGGGAAAAGCCCGAGAACGUGGAUGUCACCCGUGAACCUGAAGAAGCCCUGGAUACAGUGCCAGCUCACUACUAAGCAUCUUGGGACAGGCUAGAGAGCCACAUUCCCUUCUCAUUCCCACAGCCAGAGGCUGGCCUACCCACUAGCAAAGGGAUCCACAUCUCCCAUCCAGUUUUCCAGUCUCUCAGUUGAGCAAAGACCAAAGCCAGGCCCUGGUUUAGCCACGUUGGUUUUGGAAACCAAGGCUGAUCAGAAAAGGGGGUGGGGGCAGGGGGGAGAGGCAGAGAAGCCAAUGAUACAAAAGGGUAAGGAAGAAAGAUAGCCAGUAACAUUGCCCCCAAGCAGGCCCUUGCCUAUACCAUGUGGCCGCCGGCACUCAGGAUUCCCAGGGGCACAGCUAAGGACUGACCUCAAGUCCACUGGGCCUCUCAGAGAUGAGGAGUGUCUCUAGGCACCCCCAACAGUUCACAUGCUGAAACCAAAGCAGUUGAUGCACCCCUCCACGUGGACUUACCCUGCAACACAAUAAAAUCACCAAGUUCUCUGUGUGUGGGGAGAUCAUCUGAAA